AGCGAUUCCGCCCACGACUUAUCCGAAGAAAUCUCGCUUCCUCUACUGAACCAGAACCCCUACUGCCGCGGCGCCGGCUGCCCGGCUCCCAGGCCCUUCAUCAUCAUCUCCCCCAAAUCCCCACGUCCUCCCUAAAACAACGAGAUCGAUCUCCAAGAUUUGCCCUCGCCCCCAAGCGAUCCCAUCUUCUCAGUCAGAAUUCCAUUCGCCUGAAUCGGAGCAGGACUGGCCCCAGUUCCGCCGUCAUGGGCGGCUGGAACCGCAUCUCCGGCGCCGGUGGUCUGCUGAAGCCGCUCGCCGGUGUCCCUUUCGCCUCCAUGCCCGGCGCCGGCGUUGCUUACUUCCUCGUCGGCUCCGCGCUCGGGGUCUUCGCGAUGCUGCACGUCUCCGAGUCCGAGGCCGGCCGCGAGUGGGCCUCCGCCGCGCGCUGGGCCGCCCUGUCCAGCUCCGUGGGUCCCCACCACCUGCUUGUCGCAAUGCCCCUGCUCCUCCUGACCGCCAAAGUCUGGCUCCUCGGCAAGCGCUGCGACGCCGUGGAGGGGCUCGUGGGGAGCGCGGGUGCCACCGUGCAGGCGGUGCGCGCUAGAGGCGUCGUCUGCACCUUGUGUGGGACUGGGACGAAGGCGCGGGCCCUGAAGAAAGGCGGCUCGGCUCACUCCGUGGAGUGCGACCGGCAGGUCAUCGAGUCGGUUUCGAGGUCGCUGUCUUCUGAGCUGGAGCUGGAGGCCGACACGGAGGACGAGGACGUCGCCAGCGAGGUGACCGGCGCGGAAGAGGGCAAAGUGGAGCGUCUCAGGCGGCGGCUCGUGCGGGAGAGGAGGCUGAAGGAGGCCGCCCUGGAGGAGCUGGAGAAGGAGAGGCGCGCGGCGGCCUCUGCGGCUGACGAGGCCAUGGCCAAGAUCGCGUGCCUGCGGAACGAGAAGGCGCUGGUGGAGCGUGAGGCGAAGCAGUUCCGGGAGAUGGCCCAGCAGAAGCAGAUGUACGACCGGCAGGUCAUCGAGUCUCUUAUGUGGAUGAUCAAUAAGUUUGGGAUACAAUCCGUUGAGCCCGAUUUUUCAUCCGAGCGAGCCGUGUCAGAGACAAGCGAGGACGACCGAGACAACCGGCUGUAGAUCCUGCUUCAUGGUAGUUCAAUGGAGCAGAAACGUUGGCCUGAAGCUGGGGAAGUUCUUGACAGUUCAGGUUCUUCAUUUUGUAUGGCAUUCAGCAGCCAUAUAGGGCCUCCGCCUCCCAAUGCCCAAAUUUUGAUAGCUGGUGCUGCUCUGAGACUACUCAAGCCGACAAAACUCUGCAGAGAUAUAUGUAGUAUCCACCUGUAAAUAUAUCACCCCUUGCAAGCUCCUAAGAUGUGAUUAACAAUCGUAGUAGUUGAUUUCAACUGCGCAAAAUCUCAAUGCUAUCUGCAGGACCUUUAAGUCUAUUAUUGUGAACUCAAUAGAUGGUCUUUUGGUA